AUUAAAAGUAGGAUGACAAGUAAUAUACCCAACACAACAAACUUGGGGUCAUAAGUGGGACUGCGCCGAAGAAGCACCCCACCACUAUUCUCUAUUUUUCAUUUUUUUCUUCCCCUUUGGAAAUCAGAAUUGAAAAAGACCAGCAAAACAAGCAAGUAAACCAGCAAAAAUAAACAAGUCUGGUUCUUAAAGCUAGAGCUUUGGACUGUUGACCCCUUUAAUGUCCUUUGUUCUGCACGAGUAACUUUGCUCAAACUUUCUGCUUUUCUAUUACAUACAGAGCGGCUGAGGCAUUUUGAAGAGGUCUUUAGCCUGCUGAGUAUACUGUGAAUGAAGAAUACUAGUUCAAGAUUUUGAGGUUUCUGUACAAAGACCCUUUUGAUUUUUGUUCGCUUCUUUACAAGUAGGAACUAAUAAUGGCUGAGGAAAUUUGUUUCUUUACAAAGGACAGUAUCAUCAUAAAACCUCCCAAGAAAUCUACAGCAUUGCUAAGGAUGGUUGUAGUAGUGUUCACACUGAUUUUUGGUAUUUAUAUAUGUUCAAUUUGUCUUAAACAAACUAGCACCGAGAAAACAAGUAAAUACUUGAACAUUGAAGUCAUACAAAGGCCUCGCCAUAACUAUGACAUUGAUCUAUCCCAAGUGCCAUACGUGCAUUAUCCCAAGCCGAAAACAUUUAGCCGGGCUGAAUGUGUGUGUAAUCCUGUACGGCUCUUUGCCAUUCUCUCAAUGCAGAGGUCUGGGAGUGGAUGGUUCGAGACACUAUUGAAUAGUCAUAUAAAUGUAAGCUCCAAUGGUGAAAUAUUUUCUGUCAAAGAUAGGAGAGAAAAUGCUUCUUCAAUCCUGAGGACAUUGGAGACAGUUUACAAUUUGGACUUUUUGACAAGUGCUUCCAAAAAUCACUGCUCAGCUGCAGUGGGCUUCAAGUGGAUGCUUAAUCAGGGGCUGAUACAACACCAUAAGGAAAUUGUUGAGUAUUUCAAUGAAAAAGGCGUUUCUGUGAUAUUUCUCUUUAGAAGGAAUCUGCUGCGACGCAUGGUUUCAGUGCUUUCAAACUCGUAUGAUCGGUAUGCCAAACUCUUGAAUGGAACACACAAGUCUCAUGUGCAUUCACCUGAAGAGGCUGGUACUCUUGCAAAGUAUAAACCAGAAAUCAAUACAACAUUGUUGAUCACGGAUUUAAAGAAAAUGGAGGUAGCAGCCAGUGAGGCACUGGAAUACUUCAAUAGCACUCGGCAUAUGAUUCUGUAUUAUGAAGAUAUUGUCAGAAAUCGAGCUAAAUUGGUAGACGUUCUCGAGUUUCUAAGAUUGCCUGAGAUGGAUUUAAGUAGCCGUCAAGUUAAGAUACAUAACGGGCCAUUGAGGGAACAUAUCAAGAAUUGGGAUGAUGUGAACAAGACCUUGAGUGGAACAGCCUACGAGAGAUUCCUCCAAGCUGACUAUUAAUUUGUCACUUUCAGUCCCUAGGGCUUUGGUUCAGUGGUAAGAGAUUAGCACCUGAUGUGUGGAUUAGGCACACGUCACGAGUUGGAUUGUGCUGCGAUAUUUACAUGGAGAAGAGUAGAGUGGCUUCAUAACUAACUGUCCGUCUUGCUAGUCCUGGGAGAUUUCUCCAUCAUCUAAUAAAAAAGAAAAAAAUUCUCACUAUCAUUGAUCGAUGAAGGAGGUGCAGAUAUCAACUGUUUUUCUUGCAAAAGCUGACUGGUAUACUCUCAACUUGGAAAAGCUUCCUGUUGCAUUCGACUCUGUAAAUCAGUCGAAACUCGGCAUAGUACCAAGUUUUACUCUCUCAUGUAUCUGUAGGUUUUAUUCCACACUGAAGUGUAUAGUGAAGUAGAGUUGGGCAGUGGCCAAAGGCGAUCUGCAGGAAAUAUUUUCUCUCCUUUGUUCCUUUAGUGUUGCCUUUAUCUGUAAUUUAAUAAAGAAACAACUAGAAAUGUGAAAGUAGAUGCAUUGUAAUUCUACUUAAACUUCUAAUGAUUCUGGCUGGUCCUACUCCUACUACAAAGGUCCAGCAUUUUUUUGUAACGCUUUUGUGUUUGAUAAAUCUUCAUUUCUUUCAUGUGCC